GUAACCUCCCCAGCGCUUAGAACAGUGCUUUGCACAUAGUAAGCGCUUAAUUAAUGCCGUUACUAUUUUAGAGUCCGCCCAUUGGUAGAAGUGGGGGUGUCCUGCCAAAUCUAUAAUACCACAAAAUUAUCGGUGUUAGCGCUCAGCUGAAUUCUAUCCACCAACAGCCCCCGUGACCCCUCCUUUAAGGAGGAAGAGGCCAAGAAAUGUGUGAGAACAAAAGCAAAGUGCAGAGCGUGCAGUCCCCACCCGUCACUCAGUCGGUUACUGUUGCAGAAUUGCAAGGCUUCCUGGAUUCAGAAGGGUUGUACUUCCUCUCCCCUCCACUACCAGAAUAUAACUACCACUGCCCCUGCCUCCCUCCCCAUUUCCGCAAUUUAACAUGCUGCUUCCAGGGCCACCGCAUCCGCUGCUACUGCUGCUACUGCUCUACCCGGGGAUGUGGGGAACCCCGUUCUCUCUGUGGAUUGAACCCCAGGAGCCUGCCGUGAGGGCAUGGAGCUCCCUGCUCUUCAACUGCAGCUCGGACUGCCCCAAUCCGGAGGGACUGGGGCUGGAGACGGCCCUGAAGAAGCACCUCAAUGCCAGUGGGACGCACUGGCGGGCGUAUGUUGUGACGGCGGGUGCGGACCGAGGGCGGGCGCUCUGCUUCGCCAACUGUAACGGGACCCAGAUGGAGGCCGAGGUCAACAUCACUGCCUACGAGCCCCCAAAGCACGUGGAGCUGGUGCCACCGGAACACUGGCCAUCCGUGGGGGCCAACUACACCGUGGGCUGCCAGGUCGAGGGGGCAGUGCCCUUGGCGAGUCUCACUGUGGUGUUGCUGCAGGGGACUCGGGAGCUGGGACACCAGAGUUUCCAGGGGAAGGCACCCGGAUCUCAAGUGGUCACGGCCAAUUUCACAUCCCCUGCCCACAGGGAGGACCACGGGGCCAAUCUGUCCUGCCGGGCUGACUUGGACCUGAGAAAACUUGACCUAGAAAUCUUUCAAGGCCAUUCGAAGCCCAUCCAGCUCCACGUCUUUGAAUUCUUGAGUCUCCCCAAGCUGAACCUCUCUGAGGUCAACGCCACCCGGCUCUUGGAGGCUGGGUCUCCAAAGUCCGUGAGCUGCGAGGCUGAGGUGUUCCCCGUUGGGGAGGCCCAGAUCCACUUGUCUCUGGGGCGCCAGGAGCAGAACAUCACAGUCACUCGGCACGGAGACCGGCUCGCGGCCGAAGCCACGGUUUGGGCUGAGGAAGGACCCGAGCGGGAGCUGGACCUGAACUGCACCGUGGCCGUGGGGGGCGAGAGCCGAACGGCCCACAAAACUUUGACCGUCUACAACUUCCUCCCUCCCGAGCUGAUCCUCAGCGAGCAAAACCCCAUGGAGAAGACCCCUGUGAAUGUGAGCUGUAGGGCCCGGUCCGGUGCCUCAGUGAAACUGGAGGGGCAACCAGAGCAGCCCCCUGGAGAGCCUGCCUAUCUUGAGCUGAUUGCCCGGGAGGAGGACGAUGGGCGCGUGUUGUCCUGUGAGGCCACCUUGUCGCUGAGAUAUGUGCGGCUCGUCAAGCGCCAGAACGUCCAGCUCCACGUCCUCUAUGGGCCGCGGAUGAAUGCCUCGGACUGCCCGGGGAACUGGACGUGGCCGGAGGGGACGGAGCAGGUUCUACGGUGCCGGGCCCGGGGGAACCCGCCCCCGACUGUGCAGUGUGUCCACGCUGGGAUCAAGGACACGUUCCUCCCCGAGACCCCGCUGCGGGUCACCCGAGCCCACGCCGGCACCUACCGCUGCACAGCCAGCAGUCAUCUGGGCACCGAGGCCAGGGACGUGGUCGUGACCGUGGACUUCCACGAUGUGAAUGUGUUCGCCAUUGUCAUCGGGGUGUUUGUGAUCACGGCCGUCGCAGCUGGACUGGCGAGUGCAGGCUACGGGUACUACCGAAAGCAGCGGAUUCGCCGCUACCAGGUGCAGAAUUCCCAAGGAUCGGCUCUGAGCGAAUUACCCAAAGGGGACACGAUGAUCCCUCAGCCCCCUUGCCCCUCCAGCUCCUAGCCUAUAGGUCCAUAAUCAGCCUCCUCCCUCCAUAAACUGCUUGAAAUGAAAGCCGAAGUUCUUCCUCGUAAGCCAUGCAGCUCGACUGCAGCCAGCAUCCCAUGGCCCCGAGGACCCACAGGAUUCCUGCUGAUGGCUGCCAGCGGAACCCCGGAACUGAUUCCAAUUCCAGCUCCACCACCUGUCUGCUGUGUGACCCUGGGCAAGUCACUUCACUUCUCUGGGUCUCAGU